AUGUCUUCGUCCUUCUCGUCGCAGCCCCGUCCCCUGGCCAUGUCUGGCUUUUCGCAACCCUUCAGGCCCCCGACCAGCGAAGGUCGCAACGGCACCACCACCUCAGCCUCGUGCAACAACCUGACCAAAUGGCAAGGCACAUCAAACAUCUGGAGCACCAGCUUCAACUCGUCCUCCUCGACUGCCCUUCCGUCCACUGGCCCCAGAAAUAGCCUCAGCUUUGGCACCCACAACGGAAAGCUUAGCGGAAAGGACACAAUCGAGAGCAGAAGCGGUUCCAGCCAGCUGGUCGAUUCUUCCAUCAACGACGACUGCGGCACGUUUCGCUCUGCCUCUUUCGGAAAGCGCGACGAUGCGAUUCGUCUCGGCGGUCCGCUGCCCAAGCCCAACGACGCUGCAUUCCCUCAACAUCGUAGCAACAGCAACUCAGGUCUGCCUCAAGCUUACGCUGGAGCUGCUCGCAGCUCCAUGUCUUUCUCUGCUUCUUCCAGACCAGCCACCAGCGGCAUCAGCUCAACCACCUCCAUGGCUCCAAAGACGCAGUUCAGUGGCACCUUUGACUCGCCUUUGUCUUACUCGGCCGAGGCUCCUUCUGUCUACACCAAGUUUGAUCGAACAAACAAGCCCGCGACUACCAGGCCGACUGACUCGGCCUACGGCGAGUGGAUGGACAGUGGCAGCAUAACCCAGUCCCCUGUUGAUGAAAGAAGACGCCCUUCCGCGACAGGCUUUUUUCAUGGACUGCCCAGCGCUCCCNCGUCACGCAAUCACAGUCUACCGCCUUCGCGACAUAGCGACAUUCAACCCGCUUGGCCCACUACUACCAAACCUGACCAGUUUGCUUCCUCCCAGCCUCCCACAAAUGCUUUCCGCGUCAACAGCUUCUCUUCCACUUCCAAACCCAAUGGUAGCUUUGGCGCAGCCGAUGCUCAAGCGGCUCCUUUGGCCCAGUUCUCGCAAAUGAAUCUGCAAGACGACUCUCACAGCUUCGCUCUCUCGAGGCCUUCCUUCUCUGUACCUAGUUAUGCCAACCAGUCUGGGUCCGACGCUCGCAAUUCUCCAACCGAUCAGUACGAUGAUGUCGAGCAGAUAUCUCGUGUGCCUCCUAGCUUUGCCUCCGACGCUUAUCCCACCGCGGCCCAGACACAAGUCGAGUAUACGGCAUACCGCAUGUCACAAUACCCCGAACGCUCCCUCAUGAACAGUAACAUGUACAAUCCCAGAAACACAAAUUCUAGUACUCCUACCUUCGUCCACCAGAGAUACCAACAGCAAUCGGCUCAGGACUUGGACCAUCGGUACAUGCUGAACUUGCCAUACUCUCCUGUGCCUGGUGGCUACUACUCGUACCAUCUUCCCAAUGGUUCUGCCAUCCACAAUAUCCCUGCUGUAUACCCUCCUAUGCAUGCGCAGAUGUCGAUCAGUGGUGUACCAUCCAUGCCUGCUUCGAGAGGUCCCCGGGAGCUUGAAUCUGGUCACAGUCUGCGCAGUGCUCUUCUGGAAGAUUUCAAGCAGAACCACAAGACUAGACGCUACGAGCUCAAGAAGAAGAUCUUGGCCAACAAGAUGAAGGGGCGUGUUCUGGAGUUGUCGCUACAAAUGUAUGGAUGUCGUGUCGUGCAAAAGGCUCUCGAGCACAUACUCAACGACCAACAAGCGUCAGUUGUCCGCGAACUCGAAAAGGACGUAUUGAGAUGUGUCAAGGACCAGAACGGAAACCAUGUCAUACAGAAGGCCAUUGAGCGCUGCGGCGAGGACGAUAUAUCUUUCAUCUUCCAGGCUUUUACUGGUCAGAUCCAGCAUCUGAGCGUUCAUACUUACGGCUGCCGGGUCAUCCAGAGAUGCCUCGAGAACUGCGAGGAUAUGACCCGGAAGACUAUCCUUGCAGAGCUGCACGAUUGCAUGUCCACCUUGAUUGGCGACUCGUUUGGCAACUAUGUGGCACAACAUGUUGUCGAGUACGGCUUCUCACCUGACCGGCAAAGAGUUCUUGAGCUUGUACUGAAAGGUCUAGAAGGCUACAGCAAGCACAAAUUCGCCAGCAAUGUUGUAGAGAAGUGCCUCACUCACUCUGGAGAAACAUGGAAGCAAGACUUCAUUGGUGUGAUUGUGCGUAACAACAACCGCGAAGGCGAGAGCAUGCUGCUCGGUCUUAUCAGAGAUAACUACGGAAACUAUGUGAUUCAGAAGCUCUUGGAUCUUCUCAGCCAGCAGGAAUUUGACCACUUCAUCGAGGUUCUCCAACCGGAGCUUGCGAAGGCCAAGCGGACAGGAUGUGGCAAACAAGUCACCGCCAUUGAAAAAGCGCAUGCAGAGACCAACAGCUCCGUCGGCAGUGUCAACGGAGACGCCCUUGAAGGUGCCACGAGUAGCCGCAAAGGCUCUGUUGAGCAUGUUGUGCCUACCGUCUUGGAAACCUAG